AUGGCUACUACCAACCAGAACUCGAUGCAAGUGCCGGCGACCGGCAACGGCGAAAGCUCAGGGCUGGACUCAGAGAUCCAACUUGUUUCAUCACUAGCAAAACUACAAGAACUCGAGCGCAAGAUCCAUGAACUGCGUGGAUUCAUGCCCCAGGGCCUACUAGAGCCUCUGGUACCUAUUGCAAACCCAGAUAAAGUGACACUCGGUAAUCCAAUCGCUGAAACUCCACGCAUCCUCCGGGCUAGUCUGGAUGAGGCCGCACGCGCACGCGUCGCUGAUGUCCAGCAAUUUCAGUCCUUGUGGCGGGAUCCGGAAAUGACAUCCGUCUGGGCUCAUGUUGAAUCACGCAUCAAGGAAGCGAACGGUCAGCUGAUUCAGCCGACUGGGAAGUGGGAAAGGGAUUAUGACGUUCUUCUAGAAGAGCUAGCACGAAAAGAAAAGUCUAUAGUAGAUGAGCGACAGCGAGAGGACGAAGAUGCUGAACGCACUAAAGCGCAGUCUACCGAGGGCGAGUGGCAAAAUGUUUUGGAGCGAUUCGUUCAGCGGGAUGUGCCCGGUGUACGAGUCAUCAAAGGCCAGGAUGAGACUUCUCUAGCGGUAGCGCUUGUUAGGGCUGGUGUUGUCUUUCAGAUCAGAGGGGUGUCUGUUUCUGGCUCCCCGGUCUCUGACUGGGAGGUUUCGAGCAAUAUCGCCGGCCGGUCACCAACAAAACUUGAGAAUGCUAUGCUGGGAUGUUUGGGGUCACGCCCGCGGAAAUGGGACCUUGCUUUCUUGCUGGAUAUGAUCUCUUCCUAUGCGGAUAUCAAGCAGACACCAUGCCUGAAGUGCAACCGCCUCACUGAUAACGGCGCCCAACUGCCAACUCUCCGCCGCCCUUCGGCGAAUCAACAGUUGGUUGAUGGACCAGCACGUAUAUACACCUUUGACGCAUUGCAUUUCGGAUGCCUCUGA